UCGCACUCUGUUCUCAUAUGUAUGCUAUAUACAGUAGCUGAAGACACGUGCUUUUCAUCUUCGCAUCAACAAGAGACUCGACUUUGUGCUCCAAACGAGUUUUCGCCCUUCUGCACCGUGUGUGCUGAUCACGCUCUAGGAAUUCUUGAAAUAACACGAGGAUUUAUUUGGAGCUAGCACUGGCUCUUGUUUUCCAACCCGAGAGGACCACAGGCCGGUUUGGUCGCUUCAGGCGCUAAGCUAAGAGCUCGCGCCAGCAUCCACAGUCGGCAGAGGAGUAUCGUUGGUUUGGCGGUCGUCGACACGGCCACGUACCACUGCACGUAAGCGCGGACUCGGGGCCAAGCCUUGCGCAAGUGCACAGCGCGCCUUCACUCAGGCCCAGGGUGCUCGGCGACGCCCACGUCAGGCCCGAACGCACGUGAGGCACCACCCGCGUCUGCCUCGCCCCCCCCCCCAGCGCGGCAGCUCAGCGCGGGGGCUGCGUCAGGUCAGGUCGGGGGCACAGGCCGGCCAAGCCUUAAGCAGCAGAAGCAACAGCGGCAGCAGCGGCGGGCAGCGCUCCCCGAGCACGCAACCGCCAGCGGCCGGCACGCGCACACAGCGCACCCACACCCGCACGGCCCUUCCGCCGUCCAAUGCUGGCGCCGUCAGCUCCUGCCACGGACGUCAUCGGACUGCACGGCAGCAGCAGCGGCAGCGAGGGGCCCUCGAGGGGCCCGCACAGCGUGCCGUCGUCGCCUGGGCGGGGCGGCCCAGGCGACAUCGCGGCACGGCCCUAGCAGGCCUCAGGCACAGCAGCAGCAGCAGCAGUAGCAGCAGCAGCAGCAGCAGCAGAAGGCCGGAGGCCGGAGGCGUUAGCGGGGACGUUAUAGACAGUAGGGCAGCUCAGUGGACAUGGCUGUGUCGACCUCGUGGGCACACUACCAGAGCCAGACCGCCGCGGCCGCCGCGCAGCAGAACGGCGGCGGCGGCGGCGGUGGCGGCGAUAUUAGCGCCGCCGGCGGCAUUAGUGGCGGCAUCGGCGGCGCCGCUGGCGGCGGCGGCGGCGGCCUCGGAGCCAUGCAGGAGCUGCUGAUGCGGGACGCGUCCGCCGACGACAUAGCUGCCGUCGCCGCCGCGGCUUCCGCCGGCAUUGGCAUCGGCGGCGGCGGGCGGCGGAGUGGCGGCGGCGGCGGCGGCGGCGGGCAAAUGGACUAUGCAGUGAUGAGCGGCGGCAUGGCCAUGAGCGGCAGCCCGCGGCGCAGCGGCGGCGGCGGGGGCGGUAGGUACAGCGACGAGGGGGAGAGCGGCGGCGGCGGCGGCGGUGACGCGCGCGGUUUUGGCGGCCGGAGUGGGCGAAACGGGGACGGAGGCGGCGGCGGAGGCGUGGCCAUGGGCAUGGGCAUCAGCGGCGGCGGCGGUGCUCGCGGCGGCGGCGGCGGCGGUGGGGUGCUGGUGGAUGGCAUGGACGCGUCCGGGCCCGGCAGCGGCCUCCGCAGCGGCAGUGAGGAGUCGCCCUACGCCUUCUUCGGCUCCGGCUCUGGCGAAGGCGCGGGCCGGCACUACCAGCAGCAACAGCAGCAGCAGCACCCGUUGCAGCAGCAGCAGCAGCAGUACUACCAGCUGCAGCAGCACAGCAAGCUGCAGCCGGGGGCGGCGGCGGCGCCGGCUGCGGCGGAAGACGGCGGCGCGGGCCAACCGGCGCCGGCGGCGGCGGUGACGGCGGCGGCGCACGUCCGUACGCCCUCCUUGUCCGCCAUGAUGAUGGUGGAGGAUGAGGUACCAGACGGCAGCCUACGCGGCACGCCGGCGGCGGCGGAAGACGGCGGCGGCGGCGGCGGCGGCGGCGCGGGGCCGGCGGCCUCACACGGCGGCCUCGACAACGGCUACCACCACCCUCACGACUACCCGCACCAGCACCAGCAGCAGCAGACAGCGGCGGAGCGGAGCGCGCCUGCUAGCAGCAGCGGCCGCGGCGGCGGCGGCGCCGCCACCGCCACCGCCACCGCCACCGCCGCCGCCGCCGCCGCUGGCGGCCGCAGCUCCCCUCGCGGCUCCAGCGCCUUCCGGCCGUACCACAUGCCGCCGGCGGCGCCCGCCGGGCCCUACGGCACCGUGCCGGCGGGGCGGCCGGCGCCGGGCGGCGGCGGGCCCACGGUGCCGCGGCGGCCGCGCACGUGCGCCAUGCUGGUCCGGGCCACGUCUGGUCUGGUGGCGGCGUACCGGUCCUGCAACGAGUCGUACCGCUACAGCCACAGCACCAACCCGCGCCGCGUGCUGACAAAGCCGGCGGUGGGCGUGAAGAACGACGGGUACGACAACGAGCACAGCGACCUGAUCCUGCACGUGAACGAUGUGUUGGUCAACGGCCAGCCGGGGGCGGUGCUGCGGAGAUACGUGGUGGCGGAGAUGCUGGGGCAGGGCACCUUCGGCCAGGUGGUGAGCGCCUGGUGCGAGGAGCUGGGCGCCAGUGUGGCGGUCAAGGUCAUCAAGAACCAGCCCGCCUACUACCACCAGGCCCGUGUGGAGAUCGGGCUGCUGCAGCUGCUCAACACCCGCUGCGACCCGGGCGACGCCCACCACAUCGUGCGCCUGGUGGACUUCUUCCUGUUCCGGCGCCACCUGUGCCUGGUGUUCGAGAAGCUGGACGUCAACCUGUUCGAGCUGCUGAGGCGGAACGGGUUCAGGGGCCUGAGCCUGAGCCUGGUCCAGCUGUUCCUGCGCCAGCUGCUGGACUCGCUGGUGGUGCUGCGCGACGCCGCCAUCAUACACUGCGACAUAAAGCCCGAGAACAUCCUGCUCAAAAGCCCGCACAGCGGCGACAUCAAGCUGAUCGACUUUGGCUCGGCCUGCUUCGAGAACCGCACCGUCUACUCCUACAUACAGAGCCGCUUCUACAGGUCUCCGGAGGUGGUGCUGGGCUGCGGCUACACCUCCGCCAUCGACGUGUGGAGCCUGGGCUGCGUGGCGGCGGAGCUGUUCCUGGGCCUGCCGCUGUUCCCCGGCGCCUCCGAACACGACCUGCUGGGCCGCAUCACAGCCGCCUUCGGACUGCCGCCGGCCUGGCUGCUGGACGCCGCCAAACACACCGACAAGUUCUUCGUGCGGCGCCUGGCGCCGGACCCCGCCACGGGCGCGCUGGCCGCCUCCUACUGCCUGACCUCGCCCGCCGAGUUUGAGGCGCGCAACCCGGGCUGCAGGGCGCCGGCGGGCAAGCGCUACUUUGCGGCCACAGCGCUGCCGGACAUCGUGGCGGCCUACCCCUUCAAACAGAGCCUGAGCCCCGAGGAGGUGGAGCGGGAGCGGCGGCUGCGGUGCUGCUUCACCGACUUCCUGAUGGGCGUGCUGGACAUGGACCCGCGCAGGAGGUGGACGCCGCGCCAGGCGGCGGCGCACCCCUUCAUCACCGGCGAGCCCUUCAACGGCGGCCCCUUCGUGCCCGCGCCCGACCCGCCGCGCAAGCCCGCCGCCCACCCGCUGCACUACCACCUCCCCGCCACCGACCCCACCUCCACCCAACCCAUGGCGGUCCGCGGCGCCUCCCUCGCGCACGCCCAGGCGCAGCAGGCCGCCGCCGGCAGCGGCGGCGGCGCCGGAUCCGGAUCCGGCGGCUCCGCCGUGGCCGCCGCCACCCAGCAUCACCCGGUGCAGGACCCCGCCACGGGCGCGCUGGCCGCCUCCUACUGCCUGACCUCGCCCGCCGAGUUUGAGGCGCGCAACCCGGGCUGCAGGGCGCCGGCGGGCAAGCGCUACUUUGCGGCCACAGCGCUGCCGGACAUCGUGGCGGCCUACCCCUUCAAACAGAGCCUGAGCCCCGAGGAGGUGGAGCGGGAGCGGCGGCUGCGGUGCUGCUUCACCGACUUCCUGAUGGGCGUGCUGGACAUGGACCCGCGCAGGAGGUGGACGCCGCGCCAGGCGGCGGCGCACCCCUUCAUCACCGGCGAGCCCUUCAACGGCGGCCCCUUCGUGCCCGCGCCCGACCCGCCGCGCAAGCCCGCCGCCCACCCGCUGCACUACCACCUCCCCGCCACCGACCCCACCUCCACCCAACCCAUGGCGGUCCGCGGCGCCUCCCUCGCGCACGCCCAGGCGCAGCAGGCCGCCGCCGGCAGCGGCGGCGGCGCCGGAUCCGGAUCCGGCGGCUCCGCCGUGGCCGCCGCCGCCGCGGCGGCGGCGGCCGCGGCGGCGGCGGCGGCUGCUGCCGCCACCCAGCAUCACCCGGUGCAGGUGGGGUCACUGCCGAGCUACGGGAGCAUGGCGGCGGCAGCCGCCGCCGCCGCCGCGUCGUCGUACACCGCCAGUACGAAUCCGUACGGCGCGAAGGCGGCGGCGGGCGGCGGCUCGGUGGGCGCCGCCGGCGGCGGCGGCGGCCUCGCCGGCGGCGGCGGCCUGGGCGGCGGCGGGCUGAGCAGCGGCCUGUUUGUGGGCAGCCUGCCUGCCCACGGCUCAGAGUCGUCCCUGCUACUGCAGCACCACCACCACCAGCAGGCGCAGGCGGCGGCGGCGGCCGCGGUGGCGGCGGCGGCUGCCGCCCAGCAGCAGCAGCAGCAGCAGGCGGCGGCGGCGGCGUUUGCGCCGGGGUCCUACACUGGGGCGGGCGGCGGCGGCGGCGGCGGCCCCGGCGGCGGCUCGCUGCCUGGGUCGGGGUCGGCGUCUGCGGCGAUGGCGAUGCUGGGCUACAGCCCCGCGCACCACGCCCAGGCGCACGCGCAGGCACAUGCCAUUGCAAUGGCGGCGCUGCAGCAGCUCAGCCCCAACUUCUCCGCGCAGCCCGGCGGCGGCGGCGGCGGCGGCGGCCUGCUGGCGGGCAGCUUCGCCGCCGCGGCGGCAGCGGCGGCGGCAGCCGCCGGCGCGGCAGGGGCAGGGGCGGGCGGCGGCGGCGGCGGCGGCGGCGGCUCGGGGCCGUCUCUGGGGUCUUCACUGCCGCACAUGGGCGGCUCGUCGGUGCUAAUGGGAGCUGGCUCGUUCCAGCCCGGCUCCUACACCACACAGCCACUCAUGCCCGCCCUCGGCUCCAGCCUCACAACCACUGGCGGCGGCGGCGCCGGCAGCCUGACCGCGCCGCUGCACAUACACCAGCACCACCAGCACCACCAGCAGCAGCAGGCGGCCGCGGCCGCCGCGGCGGCGGCCGCCGCCGUGGCGGCGGCGGGCGGUGGCGGCGCCGGCGGCCACAGCGGGCAGCACCCGCACAUCCAGCUCGGGGCGACGCCGUCCGCGGCCUCGUUCCUGCAUCAGCACAUGGCGUCGCUGGCGCGUGCGCAGCAGCAGCAGCAGCAGCAGCAGCAGCAGGGUGCCGGCGGCGGUGCCGGCGGCGGCGCGGCGUCCGGGAGCGGCCUAUUCGGAUUCGGCGGGAGCCACGGCAACCUGGCAGCGCUUGGCGCGGGGGCUGGGGGCGGAGGCGGAGGCGACAUGUACCCGGCUGCUAUGGCGGCGGCGGCAGCCGCAGCUGCAGCGGCGGCACACCAACAGCAACAGCAGCAGCAACACACCGGCUCUGCGGCCAUCAACAUAGGGCCGGCGGCGGCCGCCGCCGCCGCCGUGCAGGCGGCGGCGCAGCAGCAGGCGGCGCUGUUUUCCUCCUCGCUCACACAGAGCGGCAUGGAUCCGGCGCUGGUCAGUGCCAUCAUGCAGCAGAAGCAGCAGCAGGACGCAAUGGUGGCGGCGGCAGCGGCGGCGGCGGCAGCCGCCGCGGCGGCGGCCGCAACGCGCACGAACGGUGGCGGCGCCGCCGCCGCCGGCGGCUCGGGCAGUCUGGUGGGCGGCGGCUCGCAGCACGGCAGCUCCAACGCGCUCCUGGCGUUGCAGCAGCAGGUGCAGGCGGCACACCAGGCGCAAGCGCAGGCGCAGGCGUCGCAGAUGGCGGCGGUGGCAGCGGCGGCGGCCGCCGCCACGCGCCAGCACCAACAGCAGCAGCAGCAGCAACAGGCGGCGGCGGCCGCUGCGCAGGCGCAGCAGGUGCACGCCGCGGCGGCGGCGGCGGCGGCUGCAGCAGCGGCGCACUACGGCCAGGCUGCCGCCGCCACCGCCGCGGCGCUGCAGGCGCAGGCGGCGCUGACGGGCCCGCUGCCCUUCAGCGCCGCCGCAGGCGGCGUCGGCGGCGUCGGCGGCUGGGUCGCCGCCGCCGUGCCGCAGCAACACGCCGCGCUGCCGGCUGGCGGCGCCGCCGCGGCGGGCGGCGCCGCCGGCACCGCCGCCGCCGCCGGCGGCGGGGCGCUGCACGGCGGCAGCUUUGCCUCCACGGCGGAUAACACGGACGCCAUGUUUGAGAUGACGAUGGGCGCGGGCGCGACGGAGAGCGGCACCUCGGCGGCGUCUCCGCCCGGCGGCGGCGGCGGCGGCGGGCGGCGGCACGCGCCGGCGUCCACCACCGCCGACUCGCCGUCCAUCAACCAGGUGGGCAGCCCCGGCGAUUGGGACCCGCUCUACUCGGACGACCAGCUCCUCGGCGGCGAGGACGAAGACGACGACGACGACGAUGACGGCGGCGGCGGCGGCGGCGGCUUCGGGCAGCAGCAGGCGCAGCCGCAGCCGCGGGGCGCGGCGGCAGCAGGCGGCAGCGGCGGCGGGCACGCAGGCAGGCUCGGUCACGGGGUGCGGCGGCGAGGCAGCACGAGCUUCGGGGACGGGCUGUACCGCGGCGGCGGCGGCGGCGGCGGCGGCCCGACCGCGAUGCAGACCACGCCGCCGCCGCAGUUCCCGCUGCCAGGCCAGCAGCAGCAGCAGCAGGCCGGCGGCGGCGCGGCGCAGGGUGACGGCGCAGGCGGCGACGUCGACGGCGGCCGCCGCAGCGCUAUGGACUGGGCAGCGGGCCCCGCCGGCCCCGCCGGCGCCGCGGCGGUGGCGCCGGCGGCGGUGGCUGCACAAGACGGUACAGCGGGCGCUGCGGCAGCACUUGGUAGCGGCGCUGCGGCGGUGGCGGUGCCGGGAGCGGCAGGGCCAGUGGGCGGCGGCGGCAGUGCCUCGCACCCGGGGGCGAUGGCCUUAUUGAGCUUCUCGCUGCAAGGCGGCGGCGGCGGCGGCGGCGCGGGCGGCGGCGGCGGAUUGGGCGGCGGCGUGCUGCCAGGUGCAUACCAGCCGGCUCAUCAGCAGCAGCCGCAGCCGCAGCAGCCGCUGAUUUCCAGCUCCGUUGGCGGUAUUGCCCACGCGCUAAUGGCCGCGGCGGCGCAGCAGCAGCAGCAACACCAGCAACAACAGCAGCUGCAGCAACAUCCACAGCACGCCUGGGGCGACCCACAGCACGCGCAGCAGCAGCAGCAGCAGCAGCAAUACACGCGCGUGUCGCUGCCGGGGCUCGGACACCUGGCGCCCGCGGCGGUGGCGCGCGCGUACGGCAGCACCGACGGCAUGACGGGCGGCCGCAGCGGCGGCGGCGGCGGCGGCGGCGGUGGUGACGCGGCACAAGCGCCGCCGCCUGACGGGAUGAGUAGCGGCGGCGCCGCGGCCGCAGCCGCCGCCACGGCCACGGCCGCGGCGGCCGCCACAGCCGCGGCGGCGGGCGCCGCCGGCAGCAGCGGCUUCCUGGCGAUUCCGGGCGCCUCAGCCAGUGCUGCGGCUGCUGCGCUGCCCACGGCGGCGGGCGCUGGCGGCGCCGUACCCCUCGGCUCGUCGUACAUCGCAUUCGGCGGCGGCGGCGGCGGGCUGAGCGGGCUGGGCAGCUUCCAGGCGGCUCCGCUGCUGCUGGCCGGCAGCUACCAGCCGCUCACAUCGCAGUUCAUGCAGUUUGCCCAACAGCAGGCGCAGGCGCAACUGCAGCAGCAGCAGCAGCAGCAGCAACUGCAGCAGCAGCAACAGGCGCAGGCGUCCCAGCUGCGACAGGCGCUGCAGCAGCAACAGGCAGCCACCGCUGCAGCCGCCGCUUCCGGACAGGCGCACGAGCAGCAGCAGCAGCAGCAUGCUGCUGCUGCUGCUGCCGCGGCGGCGGCUGUAGCAGCUGCCAUGGAGCAGCAGCAGCAGCAGAUGUACGUGGGGAGCCUGCCGUACAGCGGUCUGCCGCCGCCCAUUAUGGCGGCGCUCCGGGGCAAUGGGGACGCUGGGUCGCAGCCGCAGCAGUAAUGUGUGUGCUGUGUGGGCCCGUGGGUGGGUGGGGAGGAGCCGCCCGUCAGGCCAGGUGGGCGGCAGUGCGGUGCGUGGCACGCGUGUUACUGGGGUGGCUGCGCUGCCACUCAGGGAGAGCAAAGGGCCGAGAGACAGAGCGAGAACUGAAGGGGCGGCGGCGGCGGCGGCGGUGAAAGCACACGCACGCACUAACACAUGCACGUAAACGUGCGCGUGCCCGUGGCAAGGUCUAGAACAGGUCAGAUCAGGCCAGAUCAGAUCAGGCGGCCGGCCAGCCGCCGUCCAGAGAUUUGAGAAUCAGGUGGCAUGGCAGGCAACAGGCGCCGCUUUUGUAGCGAGUGAGGCUUGCGAGAGAAGACCAAAGAGGAUGGCAAAGUGCCAAUGCCGGGCACAUAUUGCAAGGCAUAUAGCAAGGGUGCAACCGGACGCGUGAUGCGUUCCGGGACUAAGUAAUUAACAGGGGUUUCGCGCACACACAUACACACGUCAAGGGUCCAUUCCACUGAUUCGCAGAAUGAGGUGCACAUGGAUGUGCGCGCUCGGGCCAGCUUGGCGCCGGGGGUGGUCCAGGUGGUGCUGCAGGCGGGGGCAUGGUAGCGUGGUUAGUGGGUGGGGCAAUGUUGCGGAAGUGGUAGGGCUUGUGUGUGUGUGUGUGUGUGUGUUUCUGCUACGUAUGUGAUGUGUGUGUGUCUGUGUCUUUGUGCCGUGCCAAGCUCCACGUGCCCGUUUGUGGUCUGCAUGUGGGGUUGGGCGUGUUGUCGUGGCAGUGCAGGCGCCACGGCGGUGGUAGUGGCGGUGGUGGAUAUCGGGAUGCCGGGCACAGGUGCAGGCGGCAGUGCGCCGGGGCGCGGGUGAGUGUGUGUGUUAAAGAGCACAAGGAAAACGUUGUGUGUGUGUGUGUGUGUGUGCGUGACAGGCUGCUGUGUGCGCGGCCGCACAGCGAGACGGCGCUGGCGGUGCGUCUGUACCGCCGCAUGAGUACGGUUGUCACUUGUCAGCACCCUGAGCAAUGUUGCAAUACUGGUGUGUUUCCGCCCCCCAUCGGCUGCUCGGCUCGUGCCAGGCCACUUUCGCCUGAGCAGGCAGGUAGGGUGCGCGUGCGCGUGUGGCAGCACGUCAAUGAGCUGCCCCGCCUCACUGUGUGCGCAGGGUCCCUGUCUGUGUGAAAGCGCUCACUAGCAAUUGGCUGGGGAGCAAUCGGAUGGGGACAAGGCAGGCUUGCUCGAGCCUCCAAGCGCACACCAAAAGCGCCGAAGUAAGUCCUCGUGAAGAC